GCCGAGGAGGUUUCGGGGGGCGGACACGGCGCUCGGUGUCUCCGGGGCAGCGGCCGGACGGGACCGCGGAGGGCCAUGGCCGAACCGGCUCCGUUACCUCUGACUUUUGAGGAUGUGGCCAUUUAUUUCUCUGAGCAAGAAUGGCAGAAUCUAGAGGCAUGGCAGAAGGAGCUUUACAAGCAUGUAAUGAGAACCAAUUAUGAGAUUCUUGUUUCUCUAGAUGAUGGACUUCCCAAACCAGAACUAAUAUCCUGGAUUGAACAGGGGAAAGAGUUCUUCAAGAACUGGGGAGAAUCACAGAAAUCAGGAAACAUAAUUUGCUCUUCUGCUGGUUUGCAGUUUGAUCCAGUUAUCGAGGGUCAUCAGUUUCAGGGAAGCCAACAAGCUGUGCAUUCAGGAGAGGCUGAACGCCAUUUCCAGCUGGAUCCCCGAGAAGGCCAGUGCCCCUCUGAACCCUCAGGAGGAGGAGGGGAAGAUGGUGCCUUCAGGCCUGACCAAACCAUGGCCCUCCUGAGCCCACACAGACAUGCCGCACAGGCUCCACUUCCAGUAGUCCACAGCUCCGGGGAGCCCACCCAGAGAGAGGGAAUCCCAAGUCCCAGAGCGCCGGGGCUCCCUGGCUUGCAGGAGGCCUGCUCCGGGGAGGGCACCCAGCACCCUUGCGCUGUCUGCGGGGAAAACUUUUGGAAGGAGGACCACUCAGAGAAGCACCAGAGGAGCCACCUGAAGGACCAGCCAUGGAGGUCCUGGAAGAAAUUCAGCAAACAGACCGCCCCACAGCAACAGCGGAGCAUCCGUCAGGGUCCCAGGCGCUUCCGGUGUCCUGACUGUGGGCGGAGCUUCCACCGGAAGCAGUGUUUGCUCGGCCACGUGGCUGGCCACGCAGGGCAGAGCCCGCUGCCCUGCCCGCAGAAGCAGACCCUUCUCGGCCACUGCGUCCGGCACAAGGGGGAGAGGCCUUCCCAGUGCCCCAAAUGUGACGGGAGCUUUCUCUCGAAGAGCAGCAAGCAGGCUUGCCAGGGCCAGCCCGGCAGGGAGAGGCUAGGCUCCUGGAGAGGAGGCGAUGGCGCCUUCCCCGGGAAGGCUGAGGCGGCCGCUGAGGAGCUGUGCCCCCGGAAGGGGGCCGGGGAGGCUCCCCCGCGCCGCCCCCCCGGGGAGAGGGCCUUCUCCUGUGCGGAGUGUGGUAAGCGCUUCACCGCAAGGUCCAAGCUCGCCAGCCACCUCAGGGUGCACACGGGAGAGAAGCCCUUCCGGUGCCCGGAGUGCGACAAGAGCUUCCGCCUGAGCGGCCUGCUGAAGGUGCACCAGCGCGUGCACAGCGGCGAGCGGCCGUUCUCCUGCCGGAAGUGCGGCAAGGCCUUCGCCAAGCGCUGGAAACUCACCGAGCACAGCCGAGUCCACAGCGGGGAGAAGCCCUUCUGGUGCGCCGAGUGUGGUAGGAGCUUCCGCCAGCGGGGACGGCUGCUGAGGCACCAGCGCCUGCACACCGACGAGAAGCCCUUCCAGUGCCCCGAGUGUGAGCUGAGCUUCCGCCUCAAGAGCAUGCUGCGGGCACAUCGGCUCCGCCACAGCGGGGAGAGGCCCUUCUCCUGCGGCGAGUGUGGCCGAGGCUUCACCCACCAGUGCAAGCUCCGGGAGCACCUGAGGGUGCACAGCGGGGAGAGGCCCUUCCGGUGCCCCGAGUGUGACAAGAGCUUCCGCCUGAAGGGCAUCCUGAAGGCGCACCAGCGCACGCACAGCAAGGAGAGGCCCUUCUCGUGUGGCGAGUGUGGCAAGGGCUUCACCAGACAGUCCAAGCUCACCGAGCACUUCCGCGUGCACAGCGGGGAGAGGCCCUUCCAGUGCCCCACCUGCGACAGGAGCUUCCGCCUGAAGGGGCAGCUGCUGAGUCACCAGCGCCUGCACACGGGGGAGAGACCCUUCCAGUGCCCCGAGUGCGGCAAGAGCUACCGCGUGAAGGCCGACAUGAAGGCCCACCAGCUGCUGCACGGCGGGGAGAUGCCCUUCUCCUGCGAGUGUGGCAAGGGCUUUGCCAAGCAGUCCAAACUCAUCGAACACGUCAGGACCCACACAGGGGAGAAGCCUUUCCAGUGUCCCAAGUGUGACAAGAGUUUCCGCUUGAAGGCUCAGCUGCUCAGCCAUCAAGGCCUGCACACAGGGGAGAGACCUUUCCGCUGCCCCGAGUGUGAUAAGAACUUUCGGGAAAAGGGACACAUGCUUCGGCACCAGCGCAUACACAGGCCUGAGAGGCCAUUUGCCUGCGGCGACUGUGGUAAGGGCUUCAUUUAUAAGUCUAAACUGGCCGAACACAUCAGGGUGCACACGAAAUCCUACAGUGCUCCAAGUGAGCCUGACAUUAAGAAGAGGCUCAGCCAGCUGUUUGCAAUGAUCGAGGCUGACUGGAGUUGAGGCCGUGGAGGGCAUCCGGAGCCUUCAGCGGAGUCCCAUGUGGCCUGGGAAUCCACAGCGGCCACAGCCAAACCCACCGGGAGACAGAUUUUAGGAACGGGGAGCCCCCUUUUGAGCAAGAAUGUAACGCGAGUUAGGAAUAUGAGAAACCACACAGGAUUUUCUCGGUUAGCUCAUCACCUGUUAUAUUUCCUAUCUACUGAUGAAAGAGAUACCUGUUCUUCCUGCCGUCUUAAGUGGUAAUUUCCCCGCAAAUGCUAAGCUAGCUCUGAAAUCCCAGCUUGAACUAAGACAGUCAGUCCCUCCAGUACUGUUCUCAAAGCUGAGGAGAUGGGGUGGCUCUUAAACAUCCACUUGACUCUUUUUCACAGUGUGACCCUAAACUGGGGGGUUUAAAUCCAGUGGAUUUUGUUGCAGGCCUGAUAUGAUGUUGGAUUUGGUUUUGAUUAAUUUAUUUUGAAACUGAUAGCAAUAAAACGAGCUCUCUGAA